AAGAAAGGGAGUACUUGAAGCAGCUUGAAAAACAGGACAACAAACUCGCUCUGGAGGCGCGCACUCAAGACCUUCUGAAAUUUUGGCGUUCAGUUGUCCUGCCGAAUUGGAAUCUGGCCUAUCGGAGCACACGUGCCUAUCAGGCUUGGUGGCACGGACUUCCGUCGGCCGUCAGGUCUCAGGUGUGGUCCUUGGUCAUCGGUAACCCGCUGGGCAUAACAAGGGAGUUGUUCGAGGCUUGCUUAAAGCGCAGCCGAGAGGACAUUGAGCGACUGGAUCGGGAGCGCUUGGAGGUUGAGAGUCCUGCUUCCCUGCCGAAGACUGGUUCCCCCUCAAGCCGCGACAGUAACCUCCCCGUCCUCCCUCCUUCUCCCACUGGGCACUUCUCCUGUGCGAAUACGAACUUGCGCUCUCCCAAUCCGACACUUUUCCAGCCAAUUUCCGUUUCUGUUAACGGUGGACUUUCAAGUCCCGUCUCUCUGCCCCGGUCGUCGCCGUCUAGUCCGUUUUUUGCCUUCUCGAAUUUAUGCCCCAACUCUGCGUCAUGUAAGCGUUCGAUUCAUACUAAUUUCGGUGUAUUUUAA